AUGCAGAGCCAGGAUCCGCAGAUCGGACACAUGUCCGUGACGCAGCAGAAAGUGCCUGCAUCUUCCAGUCGAAUCCUUUACGAUAUCCCUUGCAAAGUAUGCAGGGACCAUUCCUCGGGCAAACAUUACGGUAUAUUCGCAUGCGAUGGAUGCGCCGGUUUCUUCAAGAGAUCGAUUCGAAGGAAUCGUCAAUACGUCUGCAAGGCUAAAUCUAAAGGUGGUUGCAUGGUGGACAAGACUCAUCGUAACCAGUGCAGGGCGUGUCGUUUGGCCAAGUGCAUUCAAGCCGGCAUGAAUAAAGAUGCUGUCCAACACGAGCGUGGCCCGCGAAACUCGACUCUGCGAAGGCAGAUGGCUUUGUACUUUAAAGAACCCGAAAUGAUGGCCAACAUGGUACCCCCACCGGCAGCAGCUUUGGAUCUAGCGUUGCCCAAACCACCGAAUGAACCUCGAGUUUCCGUGCCAGCGCCUGCCCCUCAUCAUCCCCUUCCACAUCCUGUUUACUGCAAUAACAUGGCCAUGUCGAAGAUUCCAGUGAGCGUGGCGGGUCUACCGACCUUACCACUGAUCCCUGCAGCGAUAACCGCAGAAUCCAUCUGCGAGCAAGCAGCCAGGUUGCUGUUCCUCAACGUCCACUGGGCCAGAGAUCUGGCAGUAGGAACGAACCUGGUCAUAGAAGAUCAGCUGACACUGUUGGAAUCCUCCUGGAGAGAAUUGUUUCUACUCGCCGCGGCCCAGAUCCUUCCAACGUUGGAUCCAACCCCUCUCCUUCCGCCGGGUCCUCAAGGCCUCGGCCUGGCCGUCGAAGUGACUCGUUUCAGAGAAACUUUGGCCGGUUUCCACGCGAUGAGCCUCGAUCAGCACGAGUACGCUUGCAUCAGGGCGAUCGUCCUCUUUAAAGCUGGGCUGGACAGCGAGCCUCUGCCGAGCAGCAGGAGCAGCAACGGAUCUACGUCUCCUAAUACAGGAAGUAGGCUGAGGGAUGCGGCAGCGGUGGCGAGGCUGAGGGACGGCGCCCAACUCGCGCUCGGGCAAAGGUUAAGCGGCGCCUCGUUCGGCGCUCUCAGGUUUGGAAAAUUGUUGUUGUUACUCCCUUCUCUUCGUUCCGUUUCCGCGCACGCGAUCGAGGAGCUGUUCUUCAGAAGGACUAUCGGUGUUAUUCCGAUCGAGAGGAUCAUUUGCGAUAUGUACAAAGCCGCUUAA